AUGAGACCUAUUCCUUGGUAUGUUAGAUUAGGCAUCGAUGUCACUAUUUUCACAGUACCCAUAUUGAUGUUGGCAAGUUAUCCAAGAUUGGGCACACAUUUCCUCAACAAUAGAAGAAGAAAAUACAGAAGAAGAAAUUUUGAUGAAAUCUAAUACAGAAAUGAUAGCACAUUAUCAAGCGAAGAAGUGAUAAGUUUUAGAAAGAGACUUGGUUUUCAAGACCUUAUUUGAUUAUGAUCAAUAUAUUAAUAAAUAAAUAACAAUCAUAA